CCACAAUGCGGACUGCAAAGUCUUAGUCCAAGUCAUUCAUAUAAUGGAUGUAACUUUUUUGCUUUUGGAAAAAGGACAAGAUAUCUGAGAAAGUUGUAUAUGUAGUAGGUAUAUAUAGGAUGGUUGUAUUGUUAUUUCAACUCAAAACCUAUUGUGCUUGGAAUUAUAAAUCAGAGUUGAGCAAAACCUUUGUCAGUCUUAUUGUUAUAGAAAAUCAGGAAAAUAAAAAUUAAUGGAGUUGGGACGUUAUUGGUGGUGGCUGGUGGUGUUACUUUUGGUUCAUUUAGGUAUAAAUGGGUGCUUUGGUUGUUGGGAGCAAGAGAGAAUUUCACUCUUGCAAUACAAAGUUUCUGUCAACUACACUGAUGAUUAUCAUGUUACACCUUGGGACUCAGCCAACAAAGAGAGUGAUUGUUGUGAGUGGGAAGGUGUCAAGUGCAACAUCACUACUGGCCGUGUAAUCCAACUUGCUCUUAAUAGCACGAUUUCCUAUUGGAGUGGAGAAAGUGGGGGAGGUUCGUACUUUAAUGCCUCUCUGUUUCUUUCCUUUGAAGAGCUCCAGUACCUCGAUUUGAGUGAAAAUUGGAUUUGUGGAUGGGUCCCAAAUGAAGGUUUUGAAAGAUUAUCUGCGUUAAGCAAGUUGGAGGUGCUUCACUUGGAGAAUAAUAAUUUCAAUGACAGCAUUCUUUCAUCCUUGAGUGGAAUUGCUUCCCUCAAGGAACUAUAUUUGGGGAACAACAAUUUGAAUGGAUCAAUCCCCAUCCAAGGUUUUGAAAGAUUCUCUUUGUUGAGCAAGUUGGAGGUGCUUCACUUGGAUGAUAAUAAUUUCAAUCAUAGCAUUCUGCAAUCCUUAAGUGGUAUUGCAUCGCUUAAGGAACUAGAUUUGAGUUACAACAAUUUGAAUGGAUCAAUCCAUAUCAAAGAGUUGAGCAAACUAAACAACCUUGAGCAGUUGAACUUGGAUGGUUCGUCAUUUGAUAAAAGUCUUUUUCAUAAAAUUGGAGUUAUGACUUCUCUUAAUGUAUUGACAAUGUCAUACUGUGGACUGAAUGGCACCUUACCUAACCAAGGCUGGUGUGAACUUAAGAAACUUCAAGAGAUAGACCUCAGCGGCAAUAAUUUUGAAGGGAGACUACCUUCAUGUAUGGCGAACUUGACAUCACUCCGGGUAUUGGAUCUCUCUAACAAUCACUUCAAUGGGAACAUUGUCCAGUCUCCACUAUCAAGUUUGACAUCACUUGAGUACCUUUCUUUCUCAGAUAACAACUUCGCGAUCCCAUCCAUGUUGUCCCUCCUUUCCAACCUCUCAAAUCUUAAGAUCCUAUUAAGUGAUAACAAUAUAUUAGCUUUGGAACCUGACUCCCUUACUUGGACUCCAACCUUCCAAUUAAAGGUUUUCAGUUUGUCAAAUUGUUCAUCUAACAUUCACAAUAGGACACUUCCCAAACUUCUUCAUUACCAAUAUGAUUUGCGAGUUAUUGUUCUCUCUCACAACAAGUUGGUUGGGCAGUUCCCUAACUAUUUGUUAGAGAACAAGACAAGAUUGGUGAUUUUUAUUGUAAAUAAUAACUCUUUCACGGGGCCUUUUAUGGUGCCAUAUGAUAUUCGUCCCAACAUGUUGCGCAUAGAUAUUUCUAAUAAUUACUUACAUGGUCCAAUUCCCACAAAUCUCGGUUUAAUUUUUCCAAAUUUAGAAUCUUUAAAACUGUCAGGAAAUGAAUUUGAAGGCCAUAUUCCUUCUUCUUUUGGGAAUUUGGUUUUCUUACGGAGUCUAGACUUGUCUGAGAAUCAUUUCUCAGGAACCAUACCAAUGCAUUUCCUAAUGGGUUGCUACAAUUUAGAAUUACUCAUAUUAUCAAGCAAUAGCUUUAGUGGCCAAAUAUUUCCUGCCAAUUCUAAUUGGACUAAUCUAAGAAAUUUACAUUUGGACAACAAUCACUUCUCAGGCACGCUUCCAACAUGGAUAGGGAAUGUGACAUCUUUAGAAGAUAUUGUUAUGGCCAAAAAUCAUUUUGAAGGUCCUAUUCCAAUUGAGUUAUGCAAACUCGUUGAUCUUGCAUUUCUUGACCUUUCUGACAACAAUCUUUUUGGCUCUGUUCCAUCUUGCUUCAAUUCCUCAAGUAUCAGUUUUUUUCAAUUAAAUAAAAAUUCCUUGAGCGGUCCAAUUCCAAGUUCUUUCCAAAACAACUCGUAUCUACUUGCACUAAAUCUUCGAGAUAACCAUCUAACUGGAAACAUUCCCAAUUGGAUUGGUAGCCUCUCAUCAUUGAGAAUUCUCCUCUUGAAAGCGAAUCAUUUAGGAGGUCAAAUUCCAAUUCAAGUAUGCCUUUUGCAGAAUUUAAACAUUUUAGAUCUUUCCUACAAUAAAUUUUCAGGUCUAAUUCCUCAUUGCUUGAGUAACAUUACUUUUGAUGCAUCUGCCCACAAAACUUCUUUAAGAGGCUUAUCUUUAGGGGUAACUUUUUCAAGGAGUUUGUCUUUAUAUUUGAACACAAAGUCAAAUAUUAUCAAAUAUCUCCCUUAUGAUCUAUCUACGUUUGACGGAUUUGUGGAUGCUGAAGAAGAAGUAGAGUUCACUACAAAAACUAGAACUUACUUCUACAAGGGUGACAUCCUCGAGUACAUGUUUGGAAUUGACCUCUCAUGCAACAACCUAGCAGGUAAAAUCCCAUUGGAACUCGGUAGGAUGAGCAGCAACAUUCGUGCAUUGAACUUAUCACACAACAAUCUAUCAGGACCAAUCCCAGUAACAUUCUCAAAUCUAAAUCAAAUAGAAAGUCUGGAUCUUUCCUACAAUAAUUUGAAUGGCAAAAUUCCACCUCAGUUGACCGAAAUGACCUUUCUAGCGGUCUUCAUUGUGGCACACAACAACUUAUCAGGAACAACACCCGACAGAAAAAAUCAAUUCAUUACUUUUGAUGAAAGCAGUUAUGAGGGGAACCCUCUCCUAUGUGGACCUCCAUUACAUAAUCGUUGCACCAAAAUGAGACCACCAUCUACAAUAUCAGUGGAUAUUAAGGGGGAAGGUGGUAGUAUCAUGGACAUGAGUGUCUUCUACAUAAGCUUUGUGGUGGCUUACAUAACCGUCCUGCUGGGAAUUGUUGUAGUUCUCUACAUAAAUCCAUACUGGUGUAAGGCGUGGUUUAACCUCAUUGAAGUGUGCAUUGACACUUGCUACUGCUUUUUUGUGGUUCAUUACCGUAAGUUGUUCAAUUUCAGUCUUGCAUAGCCUUGUAUUGCUACUAUUUUGUUGUGGUUUAUUACCGUAAGUUGUGUUUAAUUUCAGACUUGCUUAGCCUUGCAUUUUAAUGAUUACAUGUAUGUGUGUCUCUUCUUGUU